GGAAUUAUCAGACGAGGAUGAAGUAAAGGAGUAAAGUAGCCGGAGGAGAGCAUGAAGAUAUUUUGAAGCAUUAAUAAUUAAACAGAAAUUUAUAGAGAUAAUAGAUGUCAAUCUGUAAGUGUAAUACAUGGUAAGCCAUGAAUAAAAUAUCACUCUAUUCUUCUGUAUCGGUUGCAGAUGACGGUUCAAGUCAUACAAUGAAGCUAUUAAAUAAUACAGCUAGGAAAUUGAUAAAGGAUAUAGGAUUUAAUAAGCAAGUUCUAGUUGCUGCUCACCCAAAUAUAAAUGCUAUGGCAAUAGAAACGCUCUACGAAGAUCCUGUAAAACAGUUGAUAGACGAGUGGAGAGAAGAAGGCUUACAGCAUCUACGCGAAACCUCUAAUAAAUCCAUAAAGGAUCUCAUACAGCGGAGAUUAGAUUGGAACGAGAUACAGGGCAGAGAUCUGGUGAUGAGUGCAUACGUAUACGAUAAGGACUUUAUCAAGACAGGAUGGAGUAUAGCCGAUGAAAUUGCCUAUCUCAGCAAACAGCCUGUGGAAUCAUUCUAUACUACGCGCAUAGGUAUAUUCAAGGCUUACACGACGUCGGAGCUGUUUCAAUUACAAGACAAACAUUUUGAGCCUGUACUCGAUGAGGAGCUGGGCAAACAAGAGACACUAUCUAGGAUGUAUAACUAUUCAGACUUUAUACUAAGAAGCUGGAAAUCAAUUUUAGAUAGAUGUUGAAUGAGAAAUAUAACAAUUAUUUUAAAGAUUUGAUAAAAAAUGAUAAUUUAAACAAAAAUGAAUUAUUUAGAAAGCUAUAUAAGCACUCGACGAGCCAUAGCCAUCUCCAGCAUUUCCAGCAUCUGAUUAGAGUCGAUGACGGCGUGGAGGAGCUCAAGGAAUUGUCAAAUAUCGACGAUGAUCUUAUUAGCAAUUACUACACCCUGCUUAAGUCGCAGCGCGAUGAGAAGCUUGCUGGCGAACUCAAAAGGGAACUACGUAAGAGCCACCUUAAUCCACUCAAUGAUAAGGAGAUCAGUGUAUUAUUAAAGGAAUACAAUGAUAAGCUCUACAUCAGAUUUCUUAGCAUAAAAACCAAACAAGGUGACUCAGUUGAGGAUAUCUUUGAAUUGGGUAUAUACAACGAGGUAACAGAUGCGAUUGUUAUCGACCAGCUCACAAAAACAAGCAAUCACGAAUACAAGUUUAGACUGGGCGAACAUGCAGUCAAACACUCUAACAAUCUAGACGUCCAUUUGGAUUUCUUAGAUCUUCUACUAAAGCAUCCACCGAUUUCAGUCAGUGAGGUACUCUACAAAACAUACACUAUCAUCACAAAAACACAUCAAACACCUAAGUCUGGUCAUUAUAAUGUAAAAGUCGUGAAAUUUCAAGAUUCCAUGUUGAACAUCUGGAAUUACUACAACAAACCAACAUCACUUAUACCUGUCAUAACUGAUUUAUUGAUAAGUUGCCAACAGUAUACGUUCCUAUCCCAAUCCAACUUCAGAUCGUUGUUCUACCUCAAUAAAGACAUACCAUUCACUCAGGAUUUAGCAAUCCGUUCAUUCGACAUAUAUUACCACCUCGUUCAUAAAUCAAGAGAAACUGAUGCAAAAAAUGUGAACAUCCAGUUGAGAAGUCUACAUGGUGAUGAAACUAUCGACCCAUCUAGUAUAAUGGAUUUGGAUACAGACGGUGUAUUCUAUCAGACUAUUUAUGAUGCUAUCCCUGUUAUCCUCAAGCAAUUUAAGUUUGAUUUGGCGAAAGAGGUAGUCAAGCUGGUUGACAGCAAGGAGGGGGAUUUGUUUUACGCCAAGAAGUGUUACUUGGAGGGUCUGCUUCUCGCUUAUGAAGCCGAGAAUCAAUGGGAAUCCAAUAACCGCGAGAGUCUAUUCGGAGAAUCCUUGGAACGCAUUCACAAGUCACUUUCUUUGGACCCAAAGAAUACAACGACAUUGAAGCUGUACUCGUGGGUUUCCGAUCAAGUGUACAAUACAGACACAGCUAUUAGCGCCUUAAGGGAAGCACUCACAAUUGAUUCUAGUGAUUGGGAAGCAUGGCUGAGAUUGGCAAACUUGCUCUCCGCAAAAGACACCAAGGGCGCUCUGGAUGUGGUGCAAUCGGCGCUCGAUUUGUCUGAAGGCACAUCAUCUCGCAAUGAUCCACUCGCUCCAGAGACGGUUUCAUCAAUCGAGAGAGCACACUUAAUUAUGAAGCUACUUAUACUUGAAAACCUUCUCGUCGAAGAAACAAUCGGGGUGGACGAGGCAUUAAGUAAUCAAACAAAAUUGUUUGGAUACUACUCUAACAAUAUACCAAAAUCAACGAAAAUGACGAAAUUGAUGGAAGAGUUCAGCUUCUAUCACCCUUCUGAGCGUCGCGUCGGUAAGAGAACGAGUGAUGACGACAGCGCCUUCAACUACCCCCUCAAAUUAAGCUCAAGCGAGGGAGCACUUGCCAAACGCAGACAUGGCCUAGAGAGCUCUUCAAGUAUGGUUAGUCAGCAAUCUACGAACUCGUCGAAGCAAUCAAGCAGGAGAUCACGCUUGCACGUCCCCGUACCACAUAUCAGUGUUGGUAGUGCAUUAGGUAAAUUCCGUUCAAAGAAACACCCAAGAUCUGUUAAUGGUACUGCGCCAUCUAUCCAGACUGCUCCAAAUUCAGAUCUGGACCUCAACAAGAAUCUUCCGCGCAUACGAGUUUCUAGCGUACCAAACGAAAAAGCGAAGCAGAAUGCAACAAAUGGGACUGUUGAUCAAAAUAAAUUGACCAUAAGCAGCAGUGCAUCCAAUGUGGGUGUUGAUGUACAAGACUACGAACACAGAGAGCUCAACCUCUUGACUGAACUGUGGUUGAUGAGUGCCGCAUCAUACAGACGUAGUGGAGAUCUUGAGCAAGCUGCUAAUGCAUUGAAUAUGGCUGAAGAAUGUGGUCCUACGUAUUGUGGGGUUUACGUUGAGCUGGCCAAGCAAUGUGUCGAACAGAAAGACUUAAAGUCAGCCAAUGAGGCCCUCAUAAAGGCGCAAUUUUUAGCUGCUUCCUCAGCAAGUGAGAGUGAAAGAUCAUAUCAGAUAGCUGAAUAUGAAUACGCAUCUUCGUUAUUCAACUUAUCGGAUGAAGUCAAUGAAGUGCAUCCAAAUCUCGACAGCAAUAGACGAUUAGAUGCUGUCGAAGGUCUCCUUGAGACACUACUGCGUUCAAGCCAUUUCAUACAUCGCAACUAUCCAGGUGCUCACUACAUGCUCGCGAUGUGUUACAAAUCUCGUAAUCGUCUGGGUAAAGUAAAAGGAAGUCUUGAAUCUGCACUUAAAGUGGAAAGGACGGUUGGUGUUUUAUCAUUAGAUGGUUUGGAGUUCUAGAUUUAAACAAAGAAGUGCAUAUCCUUUUUUUAUACCGUUUACAUUCAAAACUAAUCCUCUAUUACUAUUUUAAUAGACAUACCGUUCUCAAUAUAGUUUCUUCAUUUUCAUUAAGUAAAACAUUUAUGCAUUUAUGAAUAUCUGAUAUGCGAGCAAAAGUAAAUGAUAUCAAAAAGUCGUAAAUUCGUUAACUAAUCAAAUGAACAUAUUAGA